UAAUUGAAAAAAGUCUUUAUUUCUGGGGAACAACCUGAAAACAACUGAACUGAAAAAAGUAUUUGGAAGGUGAAGAUGGGGAAACAAUUAUGUAAUAUGUUUUCCAAACACCGGGCACAAGCUAUGAAUACAGCAUUGGACCAGCUGUAUGGACUCAGAGCUUCCAUCAUGGGUAAAAUGCUAUCCAAGGUGUUUGGGAAUAAGGAGAUGCGAAUUUUGAUGUUGGGUUUGGAUGCUGCUGGGAAGACCACCAUUCUUUACAAACUCAAGCUAGGACAGUCCGUCACCACUAUCCCAACUGUAGGUUUCAAUGUAGAAACGGUUACCUACAAAAAUGUAAAAUUUAAUGUCUGGGAUGUAGGCGGCCAGGACAAAAUUCGGCCUCUCUGGCGGCAUUACUAUACUGGAACGCAGGGUCUCAUCUUUGUCAUCGAUUGCGCUGAUCGAGAUCGGAUCGACGAGGCACGUCAAGAACUCCACCGAAUUAUUAAUGACCGAGAGAUGCGAGAUGCCAUCAUUCUCAUCUUUGCCAAUAAACAGGACCUUCCAGAUGCCAUGAAACCUCAUGAGAUCCAGGAAAAGCUUGGACUUACCCGCAUUAGGGAUAGAAACUGGUAUGUCCAACCAUCUUGUGCAAAUACUGGAGAGGGACUUUGUGAAGGUCUCAUGUGGUUGACAUCGAAUUACAAAUCCUAAAUGGUUACCAUUACUAUUUUGUACUUUCAAUUUGAUUUGGGUUUUUUUUUAAAAAAAAAAACCACUGAAGGACUGGCAGCAUAGCUGUGUCUUCUUAUUUUCUUUUUAAUUAUUUUUUACAUUUGUUAUUCCGAAAUGCUUUACAAAAGAGCCUUGAAGGGGUUAUUGGCUUCACCCAAUUUCUCCCCCCCACUGAGAGCAAGGAAGGUUAAAAGAGAGAGAACUUUAACGUUGUGUGCACCUAGUGAGAUGGAAAAAUAACACUUUGCGGUGCCAGCCUAACCAUCAGUGAGCAAGUGUAAAAUCAGAUGAUUGAUAGUGAUGUGCAUCAAUACUUCAGACUUCAAAAAAAAGGUUGUUUUUUUUAACAUUCCCUGUGCCCAUAAAAUGCCCAAUGCUUUUUGUGUCAUUUAUAAGGGACCUUUUACCUUUAGUGCUGCAAUGUAAGAACUUCAAGCAGUUGUUUCCGUCCUUUGGAUAAAAUAAGAGGAAUGUACAUUCAGUGUAACAAUUGCUGAGUGUUUUGAGGCAUAGUGAAAUAUUUAUUUAUGUGCCAGUUCUAUCACCUCUCCUACAGGUGAAUGCGGUGCAUUCAGAGGGCACCUGACGUUUAUAGCCUGUAGGAAAGUAAGUUAUCUGUAAGAUAUAAAUCUUGAAAGUCUAAAUCCUCCAAAAUUCUCCUGUACAGUAGGGGAAUUCACAGCGUUUCCUAGGUUAUGCCGUGGCAGGGGUGUUUCAGAAGAACUGCUUUUGAAAUGGAGUUAAAACCGAAUGUGUGCAUUGCUGGAGAAAAGGCUCUGGCCAGUUUUAAUACAUGUCUAUUUCUCCGUCCUUACUGGUGCUAUUUAAUCUUCUUUUUUCUGUGAUGAGAAAUCACAAGUUUUAUAAAGAUGUGUGCCACACAGGAUUCUUUCACAAAAUUAACUAUCUGCACAUCAUACUGAUUAGGCACUUCAGUAAGGCUUAGCUCAGUAUGUUGCUGCUCUGAUUUAUGUAAAGACUGACAUACUAAUAAAAAUGCCUAAUCAUGUUAAUAUACACACAAUGGUUUAUUUGCAAUUAAUUCAUCUCAAAUACAUUCCCCUGAUUAUUUCUGUGGUUUUCAUUCCAACUUUUCAGCUGGAGUCAAUGAAAGAGCAAAGUAUAAUCUUCACAAUGCGCCAAGCAGUCUGUGAUACUGAAAUCAUGGGAUCAUUUUACUUUUUAAGGACUUUCCAAUUUCUCAUAGACUGCAUAUUAAACUUUGCACUUCUAAUUUAAUGUUAUUUUUUUGCCAUUAUUCUGUUUUUAGUCUUCAUAAAUCAUGCAUUUUUUGAAAUUAAACUUCUCAUCAUUUUAAUAAA